AUGUUCAACACCACCCAUCCGUUCUACCUGGAGUUCAUCAGGAGUCUCAACUUGUCCUGGAGGGAGGGCUGUGAUCUCAUCUACCCCGGACCUGCGGUAUGUCCUACCAGGCUGUUACAUUCACACAUCAAAUGCUUCAUUUUUUAGCCCAGUGUCAGCUGGUGCAUACCUUGUAUUAAGUUGUAUGGUAACAAGUGUAGGUUUUAAAUGGUCUAUAUGGAUGCUUGUCUCAUUGAAUCACCAAAUACAGACACCUAAAUGGAAUAAAGUUAUUAAUAUGUUAUGAACCAUGUUACCCCUUCCUCCCUCCUGCAAUUUCUUACCCACCAUGCCUCUUCUCCUCCCUCCUGUAACUCUCUUCUCCUCCUUCUGCCCAUUUCUCCUCUCUUUCCCCCGUCCCCCUCCUUCUCCCCCUCCAGUUGUCGUCAGCGUUGAUGUUUGACGCGGUGCACGUUGUGGUGGGAGCGGUGAGGGAGCUCAACAGGAGUCAGGAGAUUGGAGUCAAACCUCUCAGCUGCACCUCUCCUCAGAUCUGGCAACAUGGCACCAGCCUCAUGAACUACCUACGCAUGGUCAGUACACACACACACACACACACACACACACACACACACACACACACACACACACACACACACACACACGCAGGCACAUGCACACACACAAGAACACACACUUUACUUUCAUUGUGAGUCUUCAUUUGAAAAGAAGAUAGUUGUUUCUUCUCAUAUCAAUAUAUAUGCCAUUUAGCUAUCAAUGGCAGCCAUAUUGUUAAACAAGUCACCAGCAACUACAGCAUAUUAGUCCGUCAGAGUCCUGUCCUGCCCACCAUGUCGUUGUGUUGGGUCACACUCCUGUCCUGCCCACCAUGUCGUUGUGUUGGGUCACACUCCUGUCCUGCCCACCAUGUCGUUGUGUUGGGUCACACUCCUGUCCUGCCCACCAUGUCGUUGUGUUGGGUCACACUCCUGUCCUGCUCACCAUGUCGUUGUGUUGGGUCACACUCCUGUCCUGCCCACCAUGUCGUUGUGUUGGGUCACACUCCUGUCCUGCUCACCAUGUCGUUGUGUUGGGUCACACUCCUGUCCUGCCCACCAUGUCGUUGUGUUGGGUCACACUCCUGUCCUGCCCACCAUGUCGUUGUGUUGGGGUCCAGUGUUGUUGGUAAUAGGCGUUUGUGUCACUCUUCUCUUCUCUGGUCUUUCUGUCUGUCUUCCAUCUGGCACUCCUCCUUCCCUGUUAUUCUUUGUUAUUUUACAUGGAUGGUUGUCUGUGUGUCUCAUUGUCGAGCUGUCUUCAUGGCUGCCUGUGCUCCAUCUCUCUUUGUGUCCUCGGUACAGGCCUGUGAUUUGUCUCUGUUAUAAAACCACUGGGUGUGUUCCAUCUUCACCACCUCUCCAUUCAUCUUAGCUCUAUCAAGCUCUGUCAGCACUGUCACUCUGUGUACUAGAUAUGUGUAGCGUGUAAGUAUAUUGUUCUCUCUCUCUCUCUCUCUGUAUCGCUCUCUCUCUCUCUCUCUCUCUCUCUCUCUCUCUCUCUCUCUUGUCUUUCUCUCUCUCGUACCUCUUUCUCUUUCUCUCUCAAUUCAUUAAAUUCCAUUCAAUUCAAAUGAGCUUUAUUGGCAUCCUAAUUAUAUUUCCGUCCAUCCCUCCCUCCCCCCUCUCUCUGUCAGGUGGAGUAUGAUGGUCUGACAGGCCGUGUGGAGUUCAACAGUAAAGGUCAGAGGACCAACUACACCCUGAGGAUCCUGGAGAAACACCGCAGGGGUCACAGAGAGGUCAGAGGGCACUGGGGUUAUAGAGAAACAGAGUUUGACACACAAUGGCUUCCGUGUUGACAGUAGUCCACCAUAACAGUGACAUUCUAGCCAUAGAAUUAGAUUUGGUUAUGAUAUGGAAGUGCCUUGUGAUUCGCUAGCUAUAUACUUAGCUAUAACACCAGCUGAGGACUAAAAGCUAAAUAGAACAGCAAAAUCAAUGAUUGUUUUUUGGGUUGGCAUUUACGAUACGAGACUCCAAAGGCAUCUCCAAAAAUGUACCACUCGAAUUCUAAUUAGAUGGUUUUCCCACUGAACGUGAAGGUCUUUAACGUUCUACAUUUCAAACACAGUGAGGGUGCUGACCUCUGUAUCUACAACGCUCCUAGAAACUGUUCUCUUAGAAAUACAGCACGAGAAGAGGAAAAAAUUAUAAUUCACACACAUCCUGCAAUUAUUAUCAUCUCUCUCUCUCUCUCUCUAUCUCUCUCUCUUUCUCUCUCUCUCUCUCUCUCUCUCUCUCUCUCUCUCUCUCUCUCUCUCUCUUGUCUCUCUCUUUUGUCUCUCUCUUUUGUCUCUCUCUCUUUGUCUCUCUCUGUCUCUCUGUCUCUUUGUCUAUCUCUCUGUCUCUGUCUCUGUCUCUGUCUCUGUCUCUGUCUCUGUCUCUCUCUCUCUCUCUCUCUCUCUCUCUCUCUCUCAGAUUGGUAUCUGGUACUCCAACAACACACUAGCUAUGAACGCCACCAGUCUGGACAUCAACAUCUCGGAGACGCUGGCCAACAAGACCCUCAUCGUCACCACCAUACUGGUGAGGUCAAAACCUUUAUUAUGACCACCAUACUGAUGAGGUUAAAACCUUUAUUGUGACCACCGUACUGGUGAGGUCAAACCCGUUAUCAUGACCACCAUACUGGUAAGGUCAAAACAGUUAUGAAUACCAUACUGGUGAGGUCAAAACAUUUAUUAUUACCACCAUACUGGUGAGGUCAAAACAUUUAUUAUGACCACCAUAUGGGUGAGGUCAAAACAUUUAUUAAAACCACCAUAUACUGAGGUCAUCAUCAUAUACACUGAGUGUACAAAACAUUAGGAAUACUUGCUCUUUCCAUGACAUAGACUGACCAGGUGAAAUCCAGGUGAAAGCAAUGAUCCCUUAUCAAUGUCAAUAGUUAAAUACACUUCAAUCAGUAUAGAUGAAGGGGAGGAGAUAGGUUAAAGAAUGAUGGAUUUUAUAUGUGUGCCAUUCAGAGGUGAAUGGGCAAGACAAAAUAUUUAAGUGCUUUUGAACGGGGUAUGGCAGUAGGAGCCAGGUGCACCAGUAUGAGUUUGUCAAGAACUGUAACGCUGUUUUUUUAAACGUUCAACAGUUUCCCGUGUGUAUCAAGAAUGGUCCACCACUCAAAGGACAUCCAGCCAACUUGACACAACUGUGGGAAACCAUGGAGUCAACAUGGCCAGAAUCCCUGUGGAACACUUUUGACACCUUGUAGUGUCCAUGCCCCGAUGAAUUUAGGCUGUUCUGAAGGAAAAAGGGAAUGCAACUUAAUAUUAGAAAGGUGUUCUUAAUGUUUUGUACACUCAGUGUAUAAUCUAAGGUCAUUUCAGUAAAUCAUAUCAGUGUCCUGCACAUAGUAAUACCAGAGUUGACAUGCAUCCCUCUGUCCCCUCCCUAUCCUCUUCCUCUGUGUGCAGGAGAGCCCCUAUGUGAUGCGUAAGGGGAACUACCAGGAGUACCAGGGGAAUGACCAGUACGAGGGCUUCUGUGUGGACAUGUUGAGAGAGCUGGCAGACAUCUUGAAGUGCUCCUUCAGGAUCAAACUGGUGGAUGAUGGGCUGUAUGGAGCGCCUGAACCCAAUGGGUCCUGGACCGGCAUGGUGGGAGAGCUCAUCAACAGGGUGAGCACAUGCGCACGCACGUGCACGCACGCACGCGCACGAACGCACACACACACACACACACAACACACGCACACGCAUACACAGACACACACACAGGCACACACACACACACACAGGCACACUCGAUAAUAAGAGACUACGUCUGCUUAAUUAGCGUACAGCAUACUUCAAUUACCACAGUGUGGUCCCCAUGUGGCUCUUGCCAUGGUGCUGACCUGCUCCCCACUCUCUCUGCUCUCUCUGCUCUCCUGACUGAUCAAACCAGACUAAUCCCAUGUUCAUCAAUUAGGCUUUAAUUUGACUGUCUGACAGGAGGUUCCAUAUGUGGAACACCCAGCCAGCCAACAGUUCUACUGCAGUGGAUCUCUGGGUCUAUUGUCUCUCUGAAAACACUAUUUUUCUCUCUGUUUGUGUCACUCUGUCUUUCUCCCUCUGAGAGGUGGAGGCAAUGCCAUUGGCUCAUAGGUACAUCUCCAAACCAGUGGUCUCUGGUUUGUUGUCAUCUAUUUCUGACUCUCUCUCUCUCUCUCUCUCUCUCUCUCUCUCUCUCUCUCUCUCUCUCUCUCUCUCUCUCUCUCUCUCUCUCUCUCUCCCACAGAAAGCAGACUUGGCAGUAGCAGGCUUCACCAUCACGUCUGAGAGGGAGAAAGUCAUAGACUUCUCCAAGCCCUUCAUGACGCUAGGAAUCAGCAUCUUGUACAGAGUCCACCUGGUAAGGCAAAUAGACACACCAGAGAAGUUGAGUGUAUUGGAUUUCACUAACUGCUGUUUGUGCUAUCCUGUUUGCUUCAUGGGCUGUGACAAUGCAUUUCUUUGAGGCUAUCGAGGAUAUCUGAUUCUGAAAGAUAGAAUGGGUAGAUGGUCUUAUAGAGUUCAUGGUUGUAUGUCGCACACGUUUAUCGUUCAAUUCUCUGAGGCUCACAUUUGUUGCAUUAUGAACAGCUUUAUUAUUAUUAUACUGUACAGUUGCAGGGAAGAACACUGCCCCUCUGUGGUUGAAAGAGGAACUAUAGGACAACUAUGUAAUGUAAUACGGCCACUCCAACCUGUCCUAUUGCUCUCUGUCUCUGUCUUAGGGGAGGAAGCCAGGAUAUUUCUCCUUCCUGGACCCAUUCUCUCCGGCCGUUUGGCUCUUCAUGCUGCUAGCCUACCUGGCUGUCAGCUGUGUGCUCUUCCUGGCUGCAAGGUAAGUGCAUGAGAGAGCACCACAGUAACCCAGGGCAACAGGAACAGGAAACUAGUGAGGAACUCUGGGAUUGUUUGUGCGUUUUUGGUUGACACAAUUGAAUAAUAAUGAGUUGCAGUAGCUUAUAUACACACCGAAUUAAAAUGCCUUGGUUGAGAUAGAUAGACGUUGUGUACAGAGGUCCUUAUGGUCCUUUCUCCCCUCAGAAAAAAGGUGCUAUCUAGAACCUAAAAGGGUUCUUCGGCUGUCCCCGUAGAAGAACCCUUUGAAGAACUGUUUUUGGUUCCAGGUAGAACCCUUUUGGGUUUCAUGUAGAACCCUUUCCACAGGGGGUUCUACAUGGAACCCAAAAGGGUUCUACCUGAAACCAAAAAGGGUUCUCCUAUGGGGACAGCUGAAGAACCCUUAUGGAACCCUUUUUUUCUAAAAGGGUACUCCUCAUCUCCUCUCCACCCUCUCCUACUCCCAGGUUGAGUCCCUAUGAGUGGUACAACCCACACCCGUGUCUGCAUGGGCACAAGGACAUGCUGGAGAACCAGUACACCCUAGGGAACAGCCUAUGGUUCCCUGUAGGAGGCUUCAUGCAGCAGGGCUCUGAGAUCAUGCCCCGUGCCCUGUCCACACGCUGCGUCUCAGGGGUCUGGUGAGUCUGUGUGUGUGUGUGUGUGUGUGUAGAUGGGUAGGUAAGUAUAUGUCAGUCUGUCUGUCUGAGUAAAUGUCUCUCUGUCACCCUCUCCUCCCUAAUUUCUCUCCCUGUCUGUCAUUCUGUCACUUUAUUUUCCCUGACUCUCUCUCUGUCUCUCUCCCUGACUCUCUCUUUCUCUCUCUCUCUGGAUUAAGAAUUAUUCUCUGUCUCUCUCUGACGGUCCUCCCUUUCUUUCCCCUCAGUCCUACCUCUCUUUCCCUCUCUCUAUCCCCCCUCUCCUUCUCUUACUCUCUCUAACUCUCCCUCUCUCUCUUCUCCCAGGUGGAUGUUUACUCUGAUCAUCAUCUCGUCCUACACGGCCAACCUGGCUGCCUUCCUGACCGUCCAGAGGAUGGAGGUGCCCAUCGAGUCUCCUGACGACCUGGCCGACCAGACCAACAUCGAGUAUGGCACCAUCCACGGGGGGAGCACCAUGACUUUCUUCAUGGUACGGCUAGACGCUGGGCCAGGGGGGCUGGGAGUAUGUAGAGCACGCUUUGAAUGGAGAAUGACUGGUAGGGAGGUGUGUGUGUGUGUGUGUGGGUGAGUUGUUGUUCUACUAUUUGCUGACCUGUCUCAGAUCACUCCUAUUUGCAUGUACAGUGUGUGUGUGUAUGGUAAAGUGUGUAUGUGGUUGAGCACAGUGUGUGUGUAUGUGUGUAGUGGUCCUCUGUAGCUCAAUUGGUAGAGCAUGGCGCUUGUAACGCCAGGGUAGUGGGUUCGAUCCCCGGGACCACCCAUACGUAAAAAUGUAUGCGCACAUGACUGUAAGUCGCUUUGGAUAAAAGCGUCUGCUAAAUGGCAUAUUAUUAUAUUAUUAUUAGUUGUUUCCCUAUUUGCCGGCAUGUCUCUGAGCUCCUGUUGUGUUCUUUAUGGCUGUUAGUGUUAAGUGGCUGAGUGUCAGUGUUUGCUUAUGUAAGAGCUGCUGGCAUCUGUGUCUGCAUCUGUGUUUGUCAGUGUGUUUGGAGUGUGUGUUUGAGUGUGCAUGCAUGUUUGUGAGUAAGUGUUUAGGUGUGUGUGUGUGAGUUUGUGUAUGUGUGCGUGUGUGUGUAUCUUUAUUGUGUGUAUAUUCAUUCUGCUUACCCAGACCUCCCUUGAUGCUGCAUUAUCCCCCUCUCCACCUACCUCUUAACUGUACACACUACAUAAGAGCCCUUCACAUCCAACCCAUUUUACAUCUCACCCAGUUUGUUGCAUAUAUAAUACUGUAUCUGGUUGCUGUUACCUUGACUCUGUGUCUUUGCUGUUCCUUAGCAUGCCAUAUUGUAUGUACACUACCACCUGGCGUUUGAUUCAGCUCCAUCUGGAUAAAGGAUCAUGCAUCUGUUUAAUUAUGAGGAAAUAUAAAUGAGUAAAUAUAUCUCUCUCUUUUCCUACCCCUCCAUCUAUAUCCCUUCUCCCCCUCCCUUCCUCCCCUCUCCCCCUCCCUCCCACUUCCCUUCUCUCUCUUUCCUCCACACCCCCCCACCUCCCUCCAGAACUCACGCUACCAGACAUACCAGCGCAUGUGGAACUACAUGCACUCCAAGCAGCCCAGUGUGUUUGUGAAGAGCACGGAGGAGGGCAUUGCCCGCGUGGUCAACUCUAAAUAUGCCUUCCUCCUGGAGAGCACCAUGAAUGAGUACUACCGCAAACUCAACUGUAACCUCACCCAGAUAGGUGGUCUGCUGGACACCAAGGGCUACGGCAUCGGCAUGCCACUGGGUGAGAGAGGGAUGGGAGGAUGGGGGGUAGAUAGGAGAAGGAGAGAGUAUAGAAGGCCUGCUGGACACCAAAGGACUAUGGCAAUGGUAUGCGUCUGGGUGAGAGAGGGAUGGAGGUAUGUGGGGAGAGAGGGAUGAAGGGAGGGAGGGAUGGAGGGAGGUAUGGGGGAGAGAGGGAUGGAGGGAGGGAGGUAUGGGGGAGAGAGGGAUGGAUGGAGGGAGGUAUGGGGGAGAGAUUGAUGGAGGGAAGGGGGUAUGGGAGGAGAGAGGGAUGGAGGGAGGGAGGGAAGGAUGGAGAUAGGGAGGUAUGGGGGAAAAGGGAUGGAGGGAGGGAGGUAUGGGGGAGAGAAAUUGGAUGUCUGCUGGAUAUCUAGAGCUACUACAUCAGAGAGAGAGAUGGGAAAGAGGAGAGAUGAGAGAUGGAGAGAGGAGAUAUGGGGAGAGGAGAGAUGGGGAGAGAGAGAUGGGAGAGAGGGAAAGAGGAGAGAGAGGGAGAGAAGAGAUGGGAAGAAAGAGAGAGAGAGAGGGAGAUGGGAGAAGAGGGAGAGAUGGGAAAGAGGAGAGAUGGGAAAGAGAAGAGAGGGAAAGGUAGAGAUUGGGCAAGAGGAGAGAUGGGAGAGAAGAGGAUGAGGGAAAGAGGAGAGAUGGGGAGAGGAGAGUGGGAAAGAGGAGAGAUGAGGAGAGGUGGGGAGAGGAGAGAUGGGAAAGAGGAGAGAUGGAGAGAUGGGGAGAGGAGAGGAUGGGGAAGAGGAGAGAUGGGGAGGGAGAGAUGGGAAAGAGGAGAGAGAAGAGAUGGGGAGAGGAGAGAUGGAAAAGAGGAGAGAUGGGGAGAGGAGAGAUGGGGAGAGGAGAAGAAGAGAUUGGGUGAGAAUGGCGGUGAAAUGGAGGGAGGAUGGGAGACAGGGAGAGACGGGGGAGUGGUACAACCCACAACAUCUGGAUGAGAAGGGGAGGAGACCUUAAGCCUUUUAAUUCCUCUUCCUCUCCAUCUUUAAUCCCCUCUUUCUCUUCCUCCCUCUAUCCUCUCGUCCAUAGGCUCUCCAUUCAGAGAGGAGAUCACUAUGGCCAUCCUGCAUCUGCAGGAGAACAACAGGCUGGAGAUCCUGAAGAGGAGGUGGUGGGAGGGAGGACAGUGCCCUAAAGAGGAGGACCACAGAGCCAAGGGUUAGUACACUACUCUGUUUCUAAUGUCUUUGCAGCUUUGUGUCUCAACUAAUGUCUGUGAGUGUUCUGAAUGUACGAAUGUAAGAUGUGAGACUAUCAGGGUCUGUGGUUUUGUGAGUGUGUAACUGUUCUUGUAUUAUAUCAGGGGCAUAUUGGUGGUACUGUAUGUCUGUGUGUAUUAACCAUCCUGUCACUCCUCCACAGGUCUGGGCAUGGAGAACAUCGGGGGUAUCUUCGUGGUGUUGAUCUGUGGCCUCAUCAUCGCUGUUUUCGUGGCCAUCAUGGAGUUUGUGUGGUCGACGCGCUGCUCUUCAGAGACAGACGAGGUACGCCCACACUCCUGCCCUCGCCGACACCACAGACCCACCCCAGUAGGUCCCCAUGGCAACACACCAACCCUGACUCCCCAUCCUCUGUCGUGCAGCGUGUGUGUGUUUGUUGGGCUGCCUCUGUCACUUUAUGUGUGUGUGUGUAUGUGUGUGUGUUUGAAUAUGUGUUCGUCGGGCUGCUUCUAGCACCAUUUGCGUGUGUGUGAAUGUUGAUCAGUGUGUGUCUAGUCUGUGUGUUUCACUGUUGGGUUUGCUGUGUAUUGUGCAUGGGUGAUGAGGGCUGCUAUUUUUACAACUAAACCUCAAAUUUCUCCUGUAAACUCAGAUCAGGGUCCAGUCACGUGUUGUGAUGUUGUGUGAAUGUACUUGUGUUGGCAUGCUAUAGUACGGGUGUUGGUGUUGACCGCAUGAGGGUAUUUUGACUGUGAUCAGAAAGUGUUCAUGUUUAGUAUAGGGUAUGGAUAAGCCAAUAUUGUGAUGCCAAUAUUUGCUUGCAUAAGAAGCAGUGUGUAAUGAUUUCCCUGGCAUUAAAUGUCAUAAUGUAUCUUCUUUUACAUGCCUCACAUGUAUGCUGGUACUCUUCGUUUCCAUUCUUGGAUCACUCAUCUCUCUGUGUGUCUGCCGCACCUGUCAUUCUGUCAAUCAGUGUCUGUUUUCUGACAAUGAAUACUGUUUCUGUUUGUGUAAGAGUAUUAUUUAUCAUUGUUAUGAUUUUGUAGAUUAGAAUAUCCCAUAAUGUCUAUGUCUAUGUGUCCUUGUUGAUGCAUUUUGUUGGAACUUUUUGUGCAAGUGUGUGAUGCUGUUGGAAUGUUAAGAGGUGUGUAUGUGUGUGUGUGUUUGGGUGUGUGUGUGUGUGUGUUUGUGUUGUGUGUCUACAUGCACCUCAGUUUGCGGGCCUGCCUGUUUGUUCAUAGUUCAUUAUGUACCAUUAUAUAUUAUAUAUAAUAUGUAAUGAACACAAUUUGUUCUGUUCAGUUGGUAAUUUGUAUGGAUUGUAUUAACUCCCUCUGCUCUUUGGAUAUUCUCCAACCUCUAUUCAUCUCUACAUCUCGCCUCAUGAUCUCCAAACCAUUUCUAUUCAUUGCCACUUUCAUUGCCAUCCCCCCAUUUCUACCUUUCUAUACCCUCAUUCGGUCCUCCUCUCCUCCUACCAUCUCUUUUACUCCACCUCCGCCCUGUUUCUGCUUUCCUUCUCUUUUUUGCUUUCCCUCUUUCUUCCCCCCGCCUUCCUACUCUCCCCCCCUCUCUAUCUAUCGCUCUCUCCCUUUGCCCUCCCUCUUUUCCCCCCGUCUGUCUACUUGCUUUUGUGGCCCCCUGUUCUCUCCUUCCCGUCGUCCCUCUGUCUCUCCUCUGUCCUCUCAGGUGUCUGUCUGUCAAGAGAUGCUCACCGAGUUCCGAAACGCCGUCUCCUGUAAGAAGAGUUCCCGUUCCCGUCGUCGCCGCCCCCUGGGCAACUCCGCGGCCCUCCGCCACCCCACCCGCAUCGCCCUGGGGGCCCAGCGGCCCCUCCGCCUCGUACGGGAGAUGCGCCUCAGCAACGGCAAGCUCUACAGCGGCUCGGGACCACUGACUGGGGGAGCAGGGGGGCCAGGAGGGGGUGUAGGGGCUGGGGGAGGUCCCUCAGACAUGGGCCCCGGGCCUCAGCGACUCCUGGAAGACCCUCUGGGGGCCAACACCACCCCUCCUCACCCGUCCCAGCCGCAGGCCCCCGUGGCGCUCCCUCGCAGCUGCACACACGUCAGGAUCUGCCAGGAGUGCAGGAGGAUCCAGAGCCUGAGGUCAGGGAUGGGGUCCACGAGGAUCCCCCCCUCAUCUGCACCCCUGCCCCGCCUGCCCCCUCCGCCUGUCCCCUCCUCUUCCAACACAGACAGCGAGGGGGGAGGGGGGUCCAGCCCCCGGCGGCUCCCCCACAGCACCCCUGCAGCCUGCCUACCCAUACCACCCCCACAGAGCAGCAUCAGCACAGACCUUCUGGGGGAGCAGGACUAA